UGUGGUAUCCCCACACUUAGUCUCUUCUACACCCUUAUCUUCAACAAGCCUGAACCCUCCUUCUACCAAUCCAUCCAUCUCAGAGAGCAGUUGGUAUCCCCAGCUGGGUCCCUCUCACAAAUAUGGAUGAGAAGGGCUUCAUGAUUGGCAUCACUGCUAGGACCAAGCAUAUAUUUAGUAGGCGUAUGUGGGAGAAGAAGGAGGUCAGGGCAUCACUACGGGAUGGCAAUUGUAACUGGAUAUCGCUCAUAGCUUGUGUGUGUGGCUGUCAUCCUGACAUGAUGUAACAGGGUUACAGUGCUGUAGUGAAGUAGGCUGUCACGUGUCGAGACGAUGGCGCUAACCCUUUGGGAUGCUAGUGUGGUACUAGCAAGAGCGCAUAGAUAAUCGGGCACACAAUGGCCAGAGGACGGUGACAAUUAAUCUUACGAUGCAACCCCCCUAUUGCUACUGAGCUCACUGUCACACAUACCCUUACAUUGGGGGACUUGCACACGCCUAUGCGCGUGCGACAACGUUGUGCAAGAAACACCAUGCUUUUUUGCAAUUGUAGUAUAUACAAGUUUUUAGUCUGGCUUCAAUAUACGAAUCUGCUCAAG